AUGCUCGAAAGUCUGCCUGAAGAGACUAUCCAAACUCAGUUAACGAGCUCGCGCCAUCUCGUUUUUGUCCCCUUCGUUGUGAUCCUCUACGACUACCUCUUGACGCUCGAUGUAGAGGUUUCGCGGUACUGGGGAACACGAGUAACAUGGGGCUCUGCGCUGUUCUUUGCCAAUCGAUAUGUCGCACUGCUUGGGACCGUGCCAAUUGUUGUAGAGUUCUCCCUUACUACUAGCGACCCCGCUAAGCGACAAGUGCGCUUAAUAACCCCGUGUUUUGCAUUCCACAUCUACCACGAAUUCUUCGCUGUCUUUUCCCAACUCUUGGUCGCCAUCCUGCUAAUAACGCGCACUUACGCUCUAUACGAGAGAAACAAGGCUGUCUUGGCGCUAAUGGUCCUCGUUACCCUUGGUGCCCUAACAAACGGCUUGGUUCUCCUUCUGUUUGGUAGCUCACACGACACUCUCGACGACCGUCUCAAACUGCUUGGAUGUCCUGGGGCAACACCACGCGACGCUGCCAUACGCUCCGGAAUUGCGUGGACCGGCAUGCUGGUCUUUGAUGUGACGAUAUUCCUCCUCACCGUCUUCAAGGCCCUGAGGCAUGGGAUCCGAGGAAGGAAUCUUUUUUCUAUGCUCCUUCGGGAUGGUGCUAUGUACUUCGCAAUCAUCAUCGCAGCGAAUGCAUGGAACAUCGAGACAUACAUCACCGGUGGCCCGAUUAUUAGUGGUGCGGUAACGACCUUAACUAAUGUCAUGUCCUCUGUGAUCAUCUCUCGCCUGAUGCUCAACCUGCGCGACCCACGUAUCUUGAGCUCUCACCAUCGCCAUUCACGAACGGACGGAACAUCGACAUUGGAUGUUGACGAAACGGCGGCCCCGAUGACGACCGUAUUGACGAUGACCACGUUGGACAAUAACGAUACUGCCCCCGAAUUCCGUCCUGGUCGAUCAAGGAGAAGCAGUUCCGGGAGGCGAAUUGCCAGCGUGGAUGACGAGAACAGUAUUGCACUACAGACGCUACCAAGGGGCAACCGGAAAGCGACAGCAAAGCGGGAUUCAGACGAGGAUGGCACAGCUCGGCCUGUAUAUUUGACGCACGAUCACGACUUCUCCCGGAGCCAGCUAUGA